UUCUGCGUGGCCAGAAAUAUAUCCCGCUCAGAACUGUCUGUAUUGUCUGAAAUCACCGUGACUGUUACAUUCAACACAUUUUUGUUGUUGUUGUUUUCUCUCUCCUCUCCCGUCCUCUGGAUCGUCUCAGGGUGAGAUGAAAAUUCUUUCCAGCUAUGAGAGCUCCAGAGCGAGAUCCUGUCUAGCUCAUUUCAUCAUUUUCUCCCUCACGUGUUACGUGCACAAGCUGGAAUCAGCCCAGUUCACCGUGGUUGGGCCUGGUCGCCCUGUCAUGGCCACUCUGGGGGGGCACAUCGUGUUACCCUGUUACCUGUCCCCCAGCAUGAGCGCGCAGGACAUGGAGGUGAGAUGGUUCCGACGUGAGUUCACUCCCUUUGUGCACCUGUACCGGCGCGGGGCGGAUGAGUUUGGGCAGCAGAUGCCCGAGUAUCACGGCAGGACAGAGCUUUUGACAGACGGCAUUAUGGAUGGGAAUGUUGACUUGGGAAUUCUCAAUGUCAGGCGCUCUGACGAAGGCCAGUACCACUGCUCUGUUCAGGAUGGUGACUUUCGGGAAGAAGCUGUACUGGAACUGAAGGUCGCAGGUCAGUAACUCAGGUCUGUCGUCUCUUUUUAGCUGGGUAAUAGACCCAGACCCACAACUCUUAAGGCAAAAUGCUCAGCAAGUAGUGAUCAAAUACUCACAAGUGGGAAGAACACUGGGUGAUCCAUCACUGUCACAUCUAGCAAUGGACAACACCGCUUCAACCUCCCUUUCUUAUACAAACUGAUUCAUACCGUUUUGUUAUUUAUACGUAAGUUUUAGCCUUCCACAUCCAUGUUAGCGCCCCUCCCCUAACAGCACAGGGCCAGCCUGACUUCAAACAGGCCUCUCCUCUCGCUUUUUUGUCACUUUAUCUUUUCUUUUCUUUUUCAUAAACGGGAUCGUUCUGCAACUGUUCCCACUUGUGCACUACUGACUCUGCUAUAAAACAUUAUCUGAACACACUCUGAAAAUCCACAGCAGGCUUCUGCCAGGCCUAGGAUGACUGUUCCCAGCACGGUUCUCUUCAGGGCAGGUAUCUGGUCUGUGCUGGGACAGUAGUGAAGAGAGAACGUUUCCUCAACUCAAGUGUAUUUAAAGCAGCAUUUCUCAGACUUAGCCACCAGUGGCUUUUCAUACAGCCACAGCCUCUGGGCCAUGAUAGUUACAUUAAGUCAAAUUUCCUCUUUCCAUGAACAUCAGCAAUAAAGUGCAUUCA